CACCUUCUUUCUCUCCGUUUAAAACAGCAGCAGCUUCAGCUCCCUCACUGAGGAAAAGCACACUGUCAAGGUCCACUGGUAACACUCCUCACUCAUCUUCGGACAGAGAAACAUCAGGCCAGUGCACGUGUGAACAGAUCCGCUCCCAUGGAGGCUAACCACAGUAGCCCAACUGGAAGCACGCAGCCUUCCCCAUCUGCAGAGCGAUCUGACGGGCACAUCUACGAGGUGGCAGUGCAGAGCAACUCCACCAACCGCAGCUCACAGUUUGCAGACGUGGCCCUGCUACAGACGUUCAAGCCCCUCAUUAUCCCACUUUAUGUGCUGGUGGUGGUGGUGGGCGUCGUCGGGAACUACCUGCUCCUCUACGUCAUCUGCCGAACUCGCAAGAUGCACAACGUCACCAACUUCUUCAUUGGGAACCUGGCCUUUUCAGACAUGCUCAUGUGUGUGACAUGUGUCCCCUUCACUCUGGCUUAUGCCUUCAAUCCACACGGUUGGGUUUUCGGCCGCUCCAUGUGCUACUUGGUCUUCCUCAUUCAACCAGUCACAGUGUACGUUUCUGUCUUCACGCUCACAGCUAUUGCUGUGGACAGAUAUUAUGCCACGGUUCACCCUCUGAAGAAGCGGACCACUGUGGCCACCUGUGCCUACGUCCUCACUGGCAUCUGGCUACUUUCCUGCGGCCUGGUGGCUCCGGCAGUGACUCACACCUACCACGUCGAGUUCAAAGAGGAAGGCUUCACCAUCUGUGAAGAGUUCUGGUUGGGCCAGGAGAAAGAAAGACGGGCCUACGCCUACAGCACGUUGCUGGUGACGUACGUCCUCCCCCUUUCGGCCGUCUUUGUUUCCUACCUCUGCAUCACUGUCAAACUGAAGAAGUGUGUUGCCCCUGGAAAUAGGACGCAAGACCAGGUAGGCGUUCACCAGGCCCGAAAGAGGAAGAUCUUUCGCCUCGUUGCUCUCCUGGUGUCCGCUUUCGCUGUUUGCUGGCUUCCCAUCCACGUGUUCAACGUGCUGAGGGACAUUGACAUCCACCUGAUAAACAAGCAAUGCUUUUUACUCAUCCAGCUGCUGUGCCAUCUGUGCGCCAUGAGCUCCUCCUGCUGCAACCCGUUCCUCUACGCAUGGCUGCACGAUCGCUUUCGCGCGGAGCUGAGGAAGAUGCUGAAGUGCAGCCAUCGCAUUGGAGUCCCCGCCAGCCACUGCGCUGCCGGUGUGGUUUUGUAACUUAUAUUUGUAAUUUGUGCAGAAAAGAACUGUAGCCACCACGUCCAUCAACAUGAAGAAUAACUGUAACUUGGACGUUAGCAUUACUGGGUAGAAACAUCUUUAGAGCUUAGGUAGUGUCGGUUUGCAAUCUAGCAAAGCUUAAAUGGGUAAUUUUUCUUCAUAUACCCUCCUUUCCUCAGACUGAUGCUGAUCAGCAACUUCUGGCCAGAACACAGUUCCAAACUAACCAACACUUUGACAGGCUUGUGAAGUGAGAAGGAAGUUGUUUUGUCUUUAACACCUUUCCACUGCAGCCACUUCUCCCGGUUGUCUCUUCUAUUUUUGGCAGCAGCACCUGGCAAUGUUUUUUCCUCAUUUCCUGAGAGAUAUGCCAUGAUAAAGCACAGGGCAGUUGCAACAGCAGCACUUAAAGGGCAUAUUAAAGGGCCUGUUAAGUCGUUUUUAUACAUUUUCCUGUUUACAUUACAGCUCAUGAUAGUUAUGUCCGUUUGAAUGUCUGAAGUUAAAGGCAGCAUAUCAUGCAAAAUCCACUUUUUUAGACCUUAAGGGCAUUUUGUUGUGUACUUGGAUUCUCUAGGAGUGCAACAAAUUUGAAUUUUGUCUGUGCCGGUGCUGCGUAGAUGUCUUUAUAUUCUGAUUGGGUCUUGUUUUUGAAGCGGUUCAGUUUUCUUUACCCUUGAUUACGUUUUUUUUAACAGUUACAUCACCACAGCUAAACAAGGUCACAGACUUCAGGCUUACCAAUUUCGCAAAUCCGGCAUUUUAUAAAUAAAAAAAAAAGAAAAAGGAAAAGCAGUACAAGGCAUAUAGAGUAUAGAAAGGGACAUUGGACAUUGUGUGCUUUUCGGCAACACCUGUCAUCCAAUGAACAACAGUCAAAGCACUAUUGGACAUUUAUUUAGCACCUCUGCGGUUUAAUAAACUCCAGCAGAUAUUUUCACUUGUUCAAAAAGUGUAGUGCAACCCGACUUUGUUUUUUCAUUCAGAGAAAAUACAUUUGGGUUGGUUUAAAACUUUUGUAUAGCAUUGCUACAAUGAUUAUUCUUAAGCACAUGAAAGCUAAUUAAAAGGUCCUCAUGAGUGCAUUAGAACUGUUUAUGUUGAACAUCUAAAAGUAGCGAUCAGUGCCUGAUUUUGAAGGUGUGACUUGGCUUCUUACUGAAUUGUUCCGAUUUAAUGAUUGUCAAUUUCAGAGUGAAGUUGUUGACGGUGCUGCAGGCAACUGGUGGUGCCACACUUUUUGAACACCAGUUGGUGCCUGUUAUGUUUGCUUUUAUGAUUGUUUUAUUCCACUGGAGAUUUUGUGUUGCUAAAUAUCAAUUUUGAAGACUUUCAUAAGAAAUUGUUUGCUUUCAACUCAAACUACAGACACUGUUAUAGUAAAAAUAAUUACUUUUUGCGCUAGCCUACUUAACUUUUGCAUAUUAACUUAAUUCUCCAUCUCUGUGUGCUUGUAGAUGUAUUUGUAGAUAUAUUUUUACAUAAUCUGCACAGGCUUUCUGAUUCUUGCAUUAUGUCAAAACUCCAUACACAGUAGUGCAGAUUCUGUUUUAUAGUCACUGAAGGUUUUCAUUUUCAUUUUAAAAUAACUAAUCUGAUUUUAUUUAAACGGUGGAAAGGCUGAUAGUGAUUUAUUUAUUUUAGGGCUAGCAAGAUCUGUUGGGUUCCUUUCAAAAAACAACAAAAAGAAUGGAAAAAACAGUGAUUAAACAUACCAUCUCUGUCAUGAAAUGGUGCAGAGCGGGACCCAAAUUCAGAGAGGAAGCAGGCAAAAAAUAAAAACAUAAUAAAUAAAUAAAUGCAUGACAAGAGGAACACAAGGAAACUAGUGCUAGUAAGGACUCUUCUGCCAAAGCAGAAAUGUGUUAGCAAUCGCUAUGAUAAGUGCUGUCAGAAUAGUGCAGUCAGUUAGGAAGGAGGUAGGAAAAGGAGCCUGUAUGUUUCCUGUCAGUGAAGGGAUGUCAGUACUGGGGGUGAUAUGCCAACAUUUCCCAGUUUUGGUUAAGAUGAAAGCAGCUGCAUGUUGAACCAUCUGCAGGCCUCUAAAACAUUUCCUUGAUAACCCAAGACAGGUGAGAAUUAUAAUAAUCAAUGUGUGAAGAUACAAAUGCAUCAAUAAGAACCUCAGAACACUGUCUGAUUAUGGAUCAGACAGUGUUUAAGCACAGCCCACCUCACCGAAAUUAACAAAAAUGUCUGGAGAGAAAACUGAAAUCGGCACAAGAGUUCAAAGAGGAUUUCCUCACCACAAUAGGGUUCUUACUGUUGACCUCAUGAAAGGUCAUGGAACAGGCGCUAGGCGCUAAAAUUAGAUCAUUUCAGAUGCAGCCAAUGACGUUCUGACCCAGAGCUGACUGAGAGAUAUUUAAACUGGAGGGCUGAUUACUGAACGAGGAGCAGGUUGUUAAUUAGGAACUGGAUGCAGCUGUGAGAGAAGCCAAGUAUCUGAACAGAGGAAAUGGAUCACAGUACACACAGGAAACAAAGGACCAGAAUAUAGAUACCAAAAUGAAGCUGAACAUAAAACCAAAUUCCUAAGGAUCAUGACACUGUGAAGACCCAAAAAAAAUAAUAAUAAAGGGUUUUCUGUGAUAUAAGCAAUAUUAGAUGGAUUGUGUUGUUGAAUAAACCACCAAAUCUCUUUUUCAUUUGGACCAUGAUUGCAUCCAAGCUAAAGCAAUUCCUGACGAAAGUGUAAAAUCUUAUUUAGAGUGAUCGACAAAUGCCAGUCUUCUGGAUCCCCUCAAUGUCAUUUAUCAUUUGUUUAGCCUUUUUCUGAGCAACAUCCUUUGUUCUAGGUUCUUGUUCAGGAAACAAUUGUCAAGCACUAGCAUAAUAACUCUGAAGAUUUUAGUGGGAAAUUCAAUUGUUUUUAUUGGGACCUCUCAAAAUUAUGACGUAACUGUAAAGAACAUUUUGUCCUCUCCUAAGCACAAAACCUAAAUCAAGCGACUCUCUGAUGUAAGCUGCACAAACUCUUUAGGCUGCUGCUGUUUGCUGUUCAAUGUGAUUUGCUAUUACUCCACAUGCGGUCGUGCAGAUUCUGCUUUAUAAAGAGCUGCCUCUAAAAUCUCUGCCUCAGAAAAUAACAUUUAAAAAUGACUUUUCUGAAAAAACUGUGGCAACAUUGUAAUUUAUUUUUGUCACUACCUUACAGAUGUGAAAGUUUUCUGCUAACAAACUAUGAUGAAUGUUUCCCUUUAACACGUUAAUUUAAAUAUGAAACCAUUUUGUUGGUGAUGCAAGCAGUGAAGGAAGGAAUCAUUUGUUGAUGAAACAAAUUGGGUUUCAAUUUCAGGUAGACCAUGGCUAUAUCCUAAUUAAAAAAAAAUAUGUGGAAAAUUCCAGAUCUUACCUUUGCAAUGGGAAGUCGGAGUUUGCAGAGUAACUUUAAAGGCUGCAUGGUUUUGGAUGCAUAAUUAUUUUAAAAUUAUGAUUGUGAGUCUGGUAACCUUCAAACUAACAAUGUUUAUAGCCUCCAAGAUCUCAUGAAUAAAUGGAAAACACUUAGGCAGAAAGUUCAGUGUUUGCAAUACUGUUUGCAGGAAAAAAUAAAGCGUGCUGAAUGUCACCUUUGAAUGAAAGGACCCCGAUCAGCGGCCGGAGAAGACUGUGUUUGAUGAAUAAUGAGUUUGUGGAAAGGAAAUGAAAGAGAAAAUUAAACUAUCAGUUCAAAUCAUGUUUAGAAAUGGUCACUACAUGUGAUGAUUUUUAUUUGAUUGUUUCUACCUUGGCUCUUACAUCAGAUGAGAUUUUCAUGACCGUCUUGAACCAGUAUGAGGUUAACGUUAUGAAGCUGUACCCUCAGGCUUUCAUCUCUCUUAUGCCAGUAGCAGACAAAUGUGCACCAGCAUCCAAGUCAUCAAGUUAUUUUUGAAAGCAAUCAUCUGUAUUUGUCUGUAUAUAGAACAUCUAAUGAUCAAUAUGAUGUUGUACUGUGUAUGCUCAGUUGCCUACGGUUUUUUGAAGUUGAAUGGCAUACAAUGUGUGUUUAUCUGUAACAGAGACUGAUUAGCUGCCAGGUUGGCCUAAGUGUUCAGUUUUCUUAUUGUGUUCCCCUCACAGCUAUUAUGUCAUGUUCUUGACAUUUUUCUGUAUGCACUUAUCUGUCUCAGUGAUGAUUAUAUGAAAUUAUGAAAAUAACUAUUGAACACACAGUUUUUUUCUCAGUAUUACACAUACAAAUUGUCAAAAAUUAGUCCACAACGUGUGUUACAAACUAGAAUAAGAGGAAGAAAUAGUUAAAACCUGAAGAAACCAGAGGGCUGUUUCACAAAACCAAGAUAAACCAGGAUUUUCCAGAUAUCCUGGUUGAAUUAUGCUUCAACUCGGUUUCACAAAAGCAGUAGCUCGUAAGUUAUCAUGGUGAUUUAUUAAGUGCAGCUAGCCUGCUCAAGACUAGGCUAACAGCCAGGCUUAGUUAAUCCUGAUGCUUUCACUGUUCCAGUCAGCGAUCAGAAACCAAUAUGCUUGGUCAGUGAUUCUGUUUUCUUAUCUGUGUGUUUUGGUAUUUUUCACCAACCAAAAAGAGCUAAUACAUAUUUGAAUUCAUUGAAGUACUCCCAUUAUUUUAACAUAAUGAUGGUAGCCUAUACCAUUAACUUUAUAAUAAUCCAUGUGGGCAUUGUUACUGCUCAGUUGUGUUUUUUUAAGAUCACUGUUGUUCUAAGUUUGAUAGAAAAGCUUUUGAUAUUGCAUGUUGAGGGGAUUAGAGAAAUGGCUCAAAAACAAGCAAAGUUGUUAAAGUCAAUAAAGUCCAGAGUUUCACCUUUUUCCAUGACCUAUCAGAUUUUGUGACUCCAGAGGGCACUGUGUCGGCGACUCCUCCAGAAAAAACUUAUUGCACCUCAAGUGCAAAGACGCAAUACGCAAUCACUCAGUCCCAAAAGGAAAAACUAGACAAGCCAUAAAACCCGGUUACUUAACACCUCUUAAACAGACAGCAUGUAAAAAAAAAAAGGCUUUUAAUUAGCCAAACUCAAGUAUUGCUUUUAUAAAUACACAUUC